CUUCGUUUCUAUUAGUAGUAUUCUCGCUCACCUCAAACGGAACAUUGCAUCCUCCUCACCUGUGAAGAUCGAGGCUUCUCACUUAGCUUUCUUCCCAAUCAGCGGUAUAGUUGUACAAGUACGGUAAAGGUAGAAGCAACAGAGAGAUAGAUUGUUUGAAGAGGAUAAAGAGUAUAAUGGCGUCCACAGCUACAGAAAAUGGCGAUUCUGAGCCCGCAGCCAACAGCGAUCUGCCUUCCAUGGAAGACCGUACGAUCUUUCUGGGCUGCUUGGCACACGUCGUGGCUUCUUCGUAUGUGUUUGAUUUGAUUAUUGAAGACAGCAAAGACCAAGGAUUCAAGAGCCUGGAAAGUUUAGAGGAUGAGCCAGCAGCAGCAGCAGCCAAGGAAGAGUCGUCGUCGCGAAGCAUCUUCAAAGAAUCUACCGCAGAUUUGUCCGAAUCCGAACGACAGCACUGUGUUCGUCGCUACCAAGUCGCUCGUGAUUUUGUCAUGAGUGCAGCCCAACACUUGCAGCUCGAUGAACCCUCGACUGUCUUGGUCCACAAUGAAUUUUUGCCCAAACUGGACACUUUGUUAGAACCUACCGUUCGAGAAAAACACAUUGGCAACAAUAUCAACAACAACAACCAGCAGCAAACAAAACAGCAACUGAAAGAAGUCUUGGAACACCCGGAAGAGACCGCCCAACACAACGCCAAACAAUUGUAUCACAGCAGCACCAGCUUGGAAUCACUCGAUUGGGUACAAGACAAUGACACGCUGCAAAAUUAUUUGGAGAGACUCGGCACUACGACAUCGGGCUAUCAAUGUUUGAGUUGUUUGCUCUUUCAACACUUGCUCAAUGCCGGAAGUACUGGAUACGAUGCGAGAGUCCGAUUUUGGUUCAAAACUCUGGCCGUCACUUUGUGGAUACAACAACAAAUGGAACAACAACAACAACAACAACAACACGGCUCCAACAACCACAACAAAUCAUCGCGCUUGGCAGCCGCCACACGCAAAUUCGAAGCACUCGAGACGUGCUGUUCCGAUCGAUUGCUCAUUCUGGCGGCCAGUGCUGCCAACAAAAAGAGCGCCGAAGAACCAGACAAAGUCUCAUCCCAACAACAACAACGCAAAUCAUCCUUGGCGAGUAAUAUAUGGAAAGGCGUCCAAAUUGGAUCCGUCGGUGUCGGUGCUGGAAUUCUGCUCGCCGUCACGGGAGGCUUGGCCGCUCCGGGCAUUGCCGCGGGAUUGGCAGCCCUUGGUUUGGGGGCCAUGGCGGGGACCUUUUUGUCUCUGGCAUCGUCGGCGGCCGUCGUUUCCUUGUUUGGAGUGGCCGGUGGAUCACUCGCGGCCUACAAAAUGAAUCGACGAGUCUCGGGACUUACCGAGUUUAUCAUUCAUCAGGAAUUAUUGCCAGCCGACGACUCAUCCACAACAACUGCAGCAGCCCCCAAAGCACAACUCUUUCGUACCAUUGGUAUUUCCGGUUGGGUUUUAGACAAGAGCGAUUUUCAACGACCAUGGGGUGUCACGCCCUCCAAUCCACCCAUUGAAGAUCCGGUUGAGUUACUACAACGAUUCUACUAUGUGCACAACCCCGAUCUCGUCGAGUAUGCAGAAGAUAUUUGGAAAAAACACAACAAAAAUAGAGAAAAGCUGUGGGGGUUGCUCCAAACAAAAUAUGCAUGUACGCCCGACAAUGUAUUUGGAGGCGACAAGAGCAAGAAUAAUAACGAUAGUGCAUUGACGGAGGAGGAAAUCCAGCAGUUGGAUCAAAUCAUUGUCGCCAUUGGUAACGAGCAAGGUGGUGGUGGCGGAAACAACAAAAAGUCUACCAAAAAGCCACCCAAAGAGUCUCCGAACAACACUAAGCCAAAGGAAAAGGGCAAAGAAAAGACAAGGUCGUCGUUGGUGUGGAAAGGAUGGGGCUCAUCCACCAAAGGAGACGACAACGAAAGUUCAACGACGAAAACAGUGACUCUGCAUGAUACUGGGUUUGAAAAGGUCAAGAGACACGACGAAGACGACAAACCAUUCAAACCACCAGAAUAUCUCAACACGGUAUGGGACUAUCCCAAACACUACGGCGGCGAGCUGUACACUGUGCAAUGGGAAAGUGCCGUGUUGGAGGAAUUAUCCGAUUCCAUUCAAGAUCUUGCCCUCCAGCUGGCGUCGUCUGCAGGACAGCAAAUCAUGAAGACGACAGUCAUGGCUCCCUUGAUCUUUGCUGCCGCGUUGCCAUGGACCGUGAUUUCGGUGAUGAGCAGUAUUGAUGGAGUAUGGGUUUUGGUUAUGGAUCGGGCUGAUGAGGCUGGUAGGGAGCUCGCCCGGAGUCUGUUGAUCAACAAAGGUGGACAUAGACCUAUUACAUUGGUUGGAUACAGCUUUGGCGCUCGAAUCAUCUAUGUAUGCCUCAUGGAACUAGCACGGUAUCAAGAAGCAUGGGAGGAUCAUCAGAAGGAAAAGGCACAAAUGGAAUUCGAAAGCAACAUCGGCGGAAAGGAUUACAAUCAAAAGAUGGUCUGUAAGGUUGGCGAUCUUGAAUUCGAUCGAGAGCCGGCAUCCAUUAUUGAAGAUGCCGUUCUGAUGGGAAUGCCCAAGUACUUGAAUUUGAGUGCAUGGAAGUCAUGCCGUCAAGUUGUAGCUGGUCGCCUGGUCAAUGUUUACUCACGAAAAGACAAAGUUCUGUCGUACAUCUUCAAAUACAGAAAUCUGCUCGGCAGCUACCAACCAGUGGUUGGGAAUGGUACCGUAGCGGUUCCAGGUGUUGAGAACAUUGAUUGCACCGACAUUGUUGGAUCGCAUCAAGACUACAGUGCGAUGGUGGGUCGCAUUCUACAACGAGUGCGGCAUGGACAACCGAUACGUUCUUCAUCUCACGCGCUGGAUGAGGUUGCUCUUCUGGAGGAGGCCCAAAGUCUGGUCAAGGAGGCAGAAGAUAUGGCCAUCGAAACUGCCGAUUCGGUGGAGGAGAUUGUCUUUGAAAAAGAUGAGAAACCCCAACAAUAAACGGUUUCAUGGCUCUAUUAAAAUUGCAGGGUAUUUAGUGGCUCAACAUUGCUUUAAGUUCUGGUGGAUGCGCGUCGCUGCGAAAGCAUCAAAAGCUAUAUGUUUGCCGACUCGACUCUCUGGGAUUACAGCCUGUAGCCAGCUCUAGAAACCGAACCUGACCUCAAAACCAGCGCCAUUCCUUUGCCUGCUCCCCGCCAGUGCGAGUCCAAGAGGCGUAUUUGUCGAGGUUCAAACGCCCGUUUGACGCCUCCGGCCGCUCAUCGCUACGACUAGUGUGUACUGGCAGAGUUGAAUACACAAUCGUGCUCCAAACACUGUCGCUCGUGGUGGCAAGGAUCUCCCCCUUUGGCCCGUAGUGAGUGGAGAAGCCAGCACCGGGCCAGACAUACGCCUUGUCGGUUGACCAGUUGCAACCAAUAAUGUAGUGCGGCACAUUGCAUUGCUUCAGCAAAGACGGCAGUUUGUUGUGGAACCAUUCUUUCGGCUUGCCCACCCAUGCUAUUGGGUAGAGCAGAGCCCACAAACGGAAUCGAUCAUAUUUGACCAGUACCGAAUGGAUAUCAAAGCAAAUGGCGAGACCAACACGACCAUAUUCAGUAUCCGCAUAGGCGACUUCGUUUCCGGCCGUGGCCCAGCUCUGUUCUGGUGUUGGCCACGGUGAGUUCUUUCGAUAGUGAGCAACGACUUCGCCCGAGGGGGCUGCCAAAGAUACGCUGUUGUAGUAUACUCUUUCCAAUCUGGGCUGUUCCUCUUCUUCACGUUCCUCCUCCUCGGAUGCUUCGAUUGCACGCUCUGCAACCUCCAGAAAGGGCACCGUAAUGUAAACACCAAGCUUCUUGGCAAGGUCACAAAAGUGCUGGACGAUGGGUCCAUCUUUGGGUUGCGCGGCAGUUGCUGGAUCCAAUUCUCCUCUAAACUUUUUCAAUCCCAAAGCUUUACGUUCCGGUGUGAUCCAAUUGGUCUUCAGAUCCUGCGAAAGGUAUCCAGUGAUGGCCGUCUCGGGCAGCACCAAAAUCUUGGCACCUUUGUUGGCGGCUUCGAUUGCCAAGGCCGUGAACUUGGCAGUGUUUGCCUCGACAGAGCCUAAAUCACUGCUGGCUUGGAGGCUAGCCACAACGACUGUGGAGGGUGGUGAUAGAUGAGUGUUUGUUGUUUUCAUGGCUGUCUUGUUGAUUCGAUUCAUUUUGUCGCCCAAUGCAAUGCACACCUCUGGACCUCUCUCUGGACGGUGGCAAACAGCAGCAAUGAACUACCAGCAGUAAGUUCGAGGCGAAAUGCGAUUUUGAGUUUUGAGAGGCCAAGCAAGGUCCAAAGAAGCACGACUGGCACGCGAAACUGUCAAGUAGAGGUUCCGGAAACUUGCU